AUGGAGCAGGGGCGGGACUCCACGCUGCUGCAUUCGCAGCCGGAGUUGUCGCCGUUGGAGGCCGAGGUGCUGGAAGAGUACGAAAAGUUGGCGGAUAAUAUGAAGAAGCUUGCUUCAACACUCGAAGACCUGAGCGGCUCGCCGAGCACCGAGAUCCUCGACGGCCUGCGGGAGCUGGAGCGCAAGACGAGCUUGGUGUUUACGCUCCUCAAGGCGAGCGUGUACAGUAUAGUGCUGCAGCAGGAGAUCGAUUGGGGUGACCAAGCCAGGAGCCAGGAGGAGGAGGAGGAGUAG